GCAAUGGACAAACAGUAACGCCUGCUCAGUGUCAGCCCACAGUAGGAGUUGACCACGCAUCGAGUAAGAGGCAACAUCAUCAUGACUACCAGAUUGAGUUGGGUCUUGGUGCUCCUUGUCUGCAGCACUGGACUAGAUGCAGCCAGACCAGUCCUAAACCAAGAACUCAGUAAUCUGUUCAAUGAGUUUUGGAGACUGGAUACACAUCGCAUGACUCCUGGGGUAGACUACACUCUUUCAGUGCAGGGGAGGGCUGGAUUUGUGAACCAAGGCAGUGCUGUAGUACCAGACCAUGCUGCUUUACCACUUUUUUCCAACGUCAAUGAGACCAAGUUUCAAACCAUUACCACAUAUGCUAGGUUGAUCAGACUUCUGGAUAACUUCGAGCGGUCUACAGGCGUGGCUGAACAAGUUACAGCAGAUGAGCUUUUGGAAAUAAGCCAAUUCCUGGAUGCAGUGCUACAGACUCCAGUCAUGAGGCGUGCCCAUCAGUACUUGGUGAGCAAAAGGCUGUCCAGUUCUGAUCUGAGAACGUUCAAAAAUCAACUCAACCUGAUCUGGUUCCAGCUGUAUCGCCGCCAGAGGAACAGUCAACUGGACUCCAGCGGCUUUGAGCAUGUUUUUGUGGGAGAAACACGCUCUGGAAAUGAACUCAUCGGUUUCCACAACUGGGUCCAGUUUUACCUCCAGGAGAAAAAUCUACAUUUGGAUUACAAAGGAUUCAAGGCUGGCUAUCGUGAUCUUCCCGAUCAGGAUGACCACGUCCUAAACCUGCAGUUCACGUGGCACAGUGUGGUGAAGCCAGUGGGCAGUGCUUUCAUUGGGACCAGUCCUGAGUUUGAGAUGGCUCUUUACACUGUAGUGUUCCUCCUGAGCACGGAGAGGAGCACCACUGUCCUGGUCAACAUCGACCAGUGUCAGAUGGAGCUUGUGGUCAUCAGACAUGGACGCUCCAUUGAGACGGCCUAUCCCAAACUCCUGAGCAGCAACAGCAGACAUGUGCGCCCGCAGUCACAGCCACAGCCACACUGAAGCAUGAGAGCACAGAUAUUAAUAUAGUCUAAUUGUAGAAAACACAACCAUACAAGUUUAUUCUUAUUAAGCACAACUGUGGUAUGUAAUGGGAGUAGUGUAUUAGUGUCCACGUUAUUAUUGUAAGUGUAAAAUAAACACAAUGUCAUUAAAACACGAUACCCUU